AAACAUGACGAAAGAAGUCAGAAAAUGAUUUAACAAAAAAUCAUUUAGUGUAAUAAAAACAAUAUUUCAAAAACUAAUCUAAAAAAAUGAGGACAGAACUCCAGCAAUGAUUGAGCAUUAGCAACAAUGAAUUGUUUUAAAAUAUUAAGGUAUGCCAAGCUAGCUGAGCGGUGUAUCAAGCCCCGCAUCAAUUUACCAAUUAAACGAUUUACAAAGUCGUCAGCGUGCGAUGAGUGCUUUAUCCCCGAUAAAAAGCCGUGCUUUAACAUAAACACAGUAUCGGUGGAACGUGGGAAUUCAAGUCACGCAAAAUUAAUUAAAUCGUUUCUCUAUUCCCAUUACUGGCCGCGGGAACCGACCGUCGUGGGUCUCUGGAUGUGUCUCAACUGUUCCUAUCUAGGAGUUCUUACGGACAAAUAUUCUAAUUCUGGUGACCGUCUUUUGGCUUAUGAAUACAUUCAGCGCACAAAAGAAAGGAAGCUGGUUGGUGUGAGCGUUGCCAAUAAAACAUACCCUUGGAUGAUAAACGAGUUGGAGGAGUGGGCGCAUUAUACAUCAUCUAGACCUGAAAGGAACCGAAUGUACUUCAUAGCACACUGCUUGAAAACGCCCAAUUUGUUUAACAAGUAUAAUGUUAAUUAUCUUUAUGAUGUGGAGAUACUGGGGACCUCUUCCGAUGUAGCAGGUCAAGGAGUAGGUACACUUCUAUUGCGUACAGUUCUCGACCACGCGGAGGAACUGCGGCAUCCUCUCGUUCAAGUUAUAGCUGUCAGUCAAUAUACAUCAAAAAUCUGUGAAAAAUGUGGUCUAAAGCGAGAAUGGUCGAUGGACUUUAGUGACUUUAUUGACGAUGCUGGACAAAGGGUAUUCUUUCCUCGAAGACCUCAUCAUACUGUGAGCGUGUAUACGAAACAUUUUAAUCCAGCAGCUGGUGGACGGGAACCUCGCAAGCCUAUUAUUUUAUAGCAUUAGCUACCAAGCUAAUUAAUGGUGUAACUUUUGUGAUAGUUUUAACAGGCAUCAAAUAUUUAAGAUAACAAUU